ACAAGGAGUCGGCUUUGACUCACAGUCGCGUUGCGCUCUCGCGACGAUUUGCUUUAUCGUAUCGAGUAAAACAGUUCGCGUCUGUUCUUCAUGCAAUAGAACGAGUGCCGGUCGAUACGAAACAUUAACGAUACGUAAUUUUUUACGACGUGAACUUAUUAUCUUUUAAAAACAAGGUGGCAAGUGGCAGUGACAACUCUACCGAAUCGACGCUGAAGCCCGCCUACUAUCUGAACUUCAGGCAAUUGAUACAAGAACAAAACUGCUUCGGAUGAAAUAUCGCCUUAAGCGGCUACACUUCAUAAUUACAAAAUUAAAUAAUAUUGAGCGUAAAUUAGAAUGCCGGGUGCAGUGAUGAACGGCGGGCGGGCAGCGAGCGGCGACGACGUGGUGCUGACGGGGCUGUCGGGGCGCCUGCCCCAAUCCGACAACAUCGAGGAGUUCGCGCAGCAGCUAUUCGAUGGGGUCGACCUGGUCACAGCUGACGAUCGUCGCUGGACGCCCGGACUCCACGGACUGCCAGAGCGCAAUGGCAAGUUGAAAGACCUGUCCCAUUUCGACGCCACAUUCUUCGGCGUGCACGCGAAACAGGCGCAUCUGAUGGACCCGCAGCUGCGGCUGCUGCUGGAGAUCACGCACGAAGCCAUCGUGGACGCUGGCCUCAAUCCCGCCGAGCUACGCGGCUCCCGAACCGGCGUCUUCGUCGGUGUCUCCAACUCCGAGACGGAGGAGUUAUGGACCUCCGAUCCGGACAAGAUCAACGGCUACGCCCUCACCGGCUGCUGUCGAGCCAUGUUCCCCAACCGCAUCUCGUACACGUUCGAUCUGAAGGGGCCCUCGUACGCCAUCGACACCGCGUGCUCCAGCUCGAUGUUCGCGCUGGCACAGGCGGUGAGCGCCAUCCGCGCGGGGCAGUGCGACGCCGCGGUGGUGGCCGGCGCCAACCUGUGCCUGAAGCCGGGCACGUCGCUCAACUUCCACCGGCUGAGCAUGCUGUCGCCGGAGGGGCGCUGCGCCGCGUUCGACGCGAGCGGGCGCGGCUACGUGCGCUCCGAGGCGGCCGUGGCGGUGCUGCUGCAGCGGCGCGGCGCGGCGCGGCGCGUGUACGCGACCGUACGCGGCGCGCGCAUGAACACGGACGGCCACAAGGUGCAGGGCAUCACCUUCCCCACGGGCGACAUGCAGCGCCGCCUGGCCGAGGAGACCUUCGCGGAGGCGCGCGUCCGCCCGCAGGACGUCGUCUACGUCGAAGCGCACGGCACCGGCACCAAGGUCGGGGACCCGCAAGAGGUGAACGCGAUAGCGGAGUUCUUCUGCCGCGAGAGGCAGACGCCGCUGCUGCUGGGCUCGGUGAAGUCCAACAUGGGCCACUCGGAGCCGGCGUCGGGGCUGUGCUCCAUCGCCAAGGUGCUGGUGGCCAUGGAGCGCGGCCGCAUCCCCGCCAACCUGCACUACCAGGCGCCCAACCCGGACAUCCCGGCGCUCAGCGACGGACGCAUCAAGGUGGUGGACCGCAACACGGAGUGGGACGGCGGCCUGGUGGCGGUGAACUCGUUCGGGUUCGGCGGCGCCAACGCGCACGUGAUCCUCGAGUCGGAGGAGCGGCGGCCGCGCGCCGCGGCGCAGUACGCGCUGCCGCGCCUCGUGCUCGCCUCGGGCCGCACCGAGGAGGCCGUGCAAGAACUAUUGGAGCUGGCGGCGGAGAACGCGCAGGACGCGGGGCUGCACGCGCUGCUGGACGCGGUGCACGCGCAGAACAUCCCCGGGCACGCGCACCGCGGCUACCGCCUGCUGCAGGACCCGCCCGCGCAGGAGAUACUUGAGCUGGAGAGCGGCGCGGCGCGGCCCGUGUGGUUCGUGUUCUCGGGCAUGGGCUCGCAGUGGGCGGGCAUGGCGCGCACGCUGCUGCAGCUGCCGCAGUUCGCGGCCAGCGUGCGGCGCGCCGCGGCGGCGCUGCAGCCGCACGGCGUGGACCUGCUGCACGUGCUGACGGACGCGCCCGACGCCGCCUUCGACGACGUCAUCGCGUCCUUCGUGUCCAUCGCCGCCGUGCAGGUGGCGCUGGUCGACGUGCUGCGCGCCGCGGGCGUCGAGCCCGACGGCAUCGUCGGACACUCCGUCGGCGAAAUCGGUUGCGCGUACGCGGACGGCACGCUGACGGGCGAGCAGGCGGUGCUGGCGGCGUACUGGCGCGGGCGCAGCAUCGUGGACGCCAAGCUGCCGCCCGGCGCCAUGGCGGCCGUGGGGCUCUCGUGGGAGCAGGCGGCGGCGCGCUGCCCGCCCGACGUCGUGCCCGCCUGCCACAACGCGGCCGACAGCGUCACGGUGUCGGGCCCGGUGGAGUCGGUGGAGAAGCUGGUGUCGGAGCUGAGCGGCGCGGGCGUGUUCGCGCGGCGCGUCAACAGCUCGGGCGUGGCCUUCCACAGCAAGUACAUCGCCAGCGCCGCGCCGCUGCUGCGCCGCUCGCUCGAGCGCGUCAUCCCGCAGCCCAAGCCGCGCUCCGCCCGCUGGGUGUCCUCCUCGCUGCCGCGCGACCAGUGGGGCUCCGACAUCGCCAAGCUGAGCGACGCGGCGUACCACGUGAACAACCUGCUGUCGCCGGUGCGGUUCGCGGAGGCGCUGCGCGAGGUGCCCGAGCGCGCCGUGCUGGUGGAGGUGGCGCCGCACGCGCUGCUGCAGGCCGUGCUGCGGCGCGCGCGGCCCGGCGCGGCGCACGUGCCGCUCGUGCGGCGCGACGCCGCCUCGCCCGCCGCGCACCUGCUGGCGGCGCUGGGCCGCCUGUACGCGGCGGGCGCGCAGCCUCGCGCCGCGCCGCUGUACCCGCCCGUGCCCUUCCCCGUGCCGCGCGGCACGCCCGGCCUGGCCUCGCGCGUGCGCUGGGACCACUCCAUCGAGUGGAGCGUGGCCGACUUCGGCAACGCGCGCUCCGGCGAGAACGUCAUCGAGUACGACGUCUCCAAGAACGACGACUCCUUCAUCUCCGGACACAACAUCGACGGCCGCGUCCUCUUCCCGGCCACCGGAUACUUGACUUUGGUGUGGAGAACGAUGGCGAAAAUAAAUAACAAGAAGCCCGAAGAGACGGCCAUCAUACUCGAGAACGUGCAGUUCAGGCGCGCGACCAUCGUGUCGCGGGACGCGCCCGUGCGCUUCCUCAUCAACAUCCUGGAGGGCACGGGCGAGUUCGACGUGUGCGAGGGCGGCGCCGUCGUGGUCACGGGCUGCGUGCGCCUCGCCGCCGAGCCGGCGCGCGAGCGCCUGCCCGCCGACGGCGCCGCCCCUCCCGCCGAGCCCGACCUGCUGGCGCUCGCCGCCGACGACAUAUACAAGGAGCUGCGCCUGCGCGGCUACAACUACGGCGGCAUCUUCCGCGGCAUCCGCUCGUCCGACCCGCGCGGCACGGCCGGCGAGAUCUCGUGGCACGACAACUGGAUCGCCUUCAUGGACGCGAUGCUGCAGUUCGGCAUCAUCGGCGUGGACACGCGCGAGCUGUACCUGCCCACGCGGCUGCAGCGCGCGCUCAUCGACCCGCAGGCGCAGGCGGGCGCGCUGGCGGCGGCGCGGGACGGCGCGCUGCCGGUGCGCAUGCGCCGCGACGUCGACGUCAUCUCGUGCGGCGGCGUCGAGUUCCGCGGCGUCAAGACCAGCCUGGCGCCGCGCCGCGCCAACCCGCAGCCCGCGCCCAAGCUCGAGAAGUACGUCUUCCUGCCCUACGACAACGCCAACGUCGGCACUGAGGACACGUCGCGGUCGAAGCGCGACGCGAUGACGGUGAGCGUGCAGCUGGCGCUGGAGGCGGCCGGCUCGCUGCGCCUGCGCGUGGCCGAGGCCGCGCUGGGCCGCGCCGCCGACGCGCUGCUGGCGCCCGCCGCGCUGGCCGCGCUCGCCGCCGAGCCGCUCGUGCGCGCCGACGCGGCGCUGGCCGUGGGCCCGCAGCCCGCGCCCGCCUACGCCGCGCUGGCCGACGACAUCGGCGCCAAAGUAACUCAAAAGGACGCGCGCACCGGGCCGCCGGACGCGGACUGUCACCUGGUGCUGGCGACGGACGUGCUGUCCCGUCACGGCGCCGCCGUGCUGGCCAACCUCGCGGCCGCGCUCGCGGACACCGGCCUCGUGCUGCUGGAGGAGCCGCACGCCGCGCUCGACGACCCGAGCUCCGCAGACAUGAUCGAGAAGUGCGGCCUCGUGGUGGUGUCGCGCCAGGUGGCCGCCAACAGCGACUACGUCCUGCUGCGCAAGCGGCCCGUGCUGCCCGGCGUCAGCGUCGUGGUCGAGAUCGAGGAGGACUCGUACGAGUGGGUGGAGCGGCUGCGCGACGCCAUGAAGCGCGCGGAGAGCGAGGACAUACGCGUGUACGCGGUGUCGCGCGCGGCCGCGUCGGGCGUGCUGGGGCUGGGCACGUGCCUGCGCGGCGAGGCGGGCGGGCGGCGCCUGCGCACGUUCCUGCUGGGCGGCGCGCGCGAGCCCUUCGCGCCCGACGCGCCCGCCUACCGCGCGCAGGUGCAGCGCGACCUGCCCGUCAACGUGCUGCGCGCCGGCGUCUGGGGCUCCUACCGCCACCUGCUGCUCUCCGACGCCUCCGAGGCGCAGCUGCAGGUGGAGCACGCGUACGUGAACACGCUGGUGCGCGGCGACCUGGCGUCGCUGCGCUGGAUCGAGAGCGAGCUGCGCACGGCGGCGGGCGGCGCGCGUGCCGAGCUGUGCCGCGUGUACUGCGCGCCGCUCAACUUCCGCGACAUCAUGCUGGCCACCGGCAAGCUGCCGCCCGACGCGCUGCCCGGCAACCUCGCCGGAGAGGAGUGCAUCCUGGGGCUGGAGUUCAGCGGGCGCGGCGCAGACGGGCGGCGCGUGAUGGGCAUGGUGGCGGCGCGCGGCCUGGCCACCACCGUGAUGGCCGACCGCGGCUUCCUCUGGGACGUGCCCGAUAAGUGGUGGGUACUCCCGCGGUACCGGUGUUGCCGCGAAUGCUACAAAGAGGCACUGACCGACGAGCACGUAGCUCUUGGCGGGGUGCAUGUAGGUGCGCGGCUGCGCGUGCAGCAGGCGCAGCGCGGGCCGCGCGCCGCCCGCCUCCUCCUCGCGCACGCGCAGCACCACCUGCAGCGCACUCUCACUCGGAAGGCCUGCUCCAGCUGCUGGUCGCCGAAGACGGUGGCAGGCAGCGGGCGCACGGCGCCGGCGGCGAUGCCGUCGCUGACGCAGCGCACCACGGCGCGCCGCUCCGCGCUGUCGGCCGCCGCGUCGAACAGCGCGUCCAGCAGGAUGCCGUGGAACGUCGUGUUCUUCAGGAAAAUCGACAUGCCCUGCGACGAGUCCAGCUUGCCGAUCUCGAGGAAGCGGCCGCCAAUGGCCAGGCAGCGCACGGAGGCGGCCAGCUUGUCGGCCGCCAGCGAGUUGAGCACGAGGUCGACGCCGCGGCCGCGCGUGCGCCGCAGCACGAGCUGCUCGAAGGACGUGUCGCGCGAGUUGCCGAUGUCCUCGUCGGCCAGCGCCGGGAAGCGCUCGCGCAGGAAGGCGCGCUUGUCGGCCGUGCCCACCGUGGUGAACACGCGGCAGCCCGCGUGCAGCGCGAUGGCGAUGGCGGCCUGCCCCACGCCGCCCGAGCCCGCGUGCACCAGCACGCUCUCGCCGCGCGCCAUGCGCCCGCGCACGCUCACGACUGACGCGCGCGGGCUGUGCAGGUGGCGCGAGCGCGGCGUGCGCGUGGCGGUGUCGACGGCGGACGUGUCGCGGGCGGCGGGCGCGCGCGCGCUGCUGGCGGACGCGGCGGCGCUGGCGCCGGUGGGCGGCAUCUUCAACCUGGCGGCCGUGCUGCGCGACGCCUUCCUCGAGAACCUCACGCCUGACGACUUCCGCGCCGUUGCCACGCCCAAGAUAGACGGCACGAAGAUGCUGGACGUGGCGUCGCGCGAGCUGUGCCCGGAGCUGGACUACUUCGUGGCGUUCUCGUCGGUGUCGUGCGGGCGCGGCAACCCCGGCCAGAGCAACUACGGGCUCGCCAACUCCGCCAUGGAGCGCGUGUGCGAGCUGCGCCAGGCCGACGGGCUGCCCGGCCUCGCCGUGCAGUGGGGCGCCAUCGGCGAGGUGGGGCUGAUAGUGGACACGAUGGGCGGCGACGAGGCGGUGGUGGGCGGCACGCUGCCGCAGCGCGUGGCGUCGUGCGUGGAGGCGCUGGGCGCGCUGCUGGCGCGGCCGCACGCCGUGUGCGCCUCCAUGGUGCUGGCCGACAAGCGCCGCGGCGCCGCCGCGCCCGCGCAGGACCUCGUGCACGCCGUCGCCAACAUCCUCGGUAUUAAAGAUCCAUCGAAAGUAUCGGAAACGGCAAAUCUCGCGGAGCUCGGUAUGGAUUCGCUCAUGGGCGCCGAAAUUAAACAGACACUGGAACGCGGCUACGAUCUAGUUCUGGGAGUGCAAGAAAUUCGCGCCCUCACUUUUGCCAAGUUGAAAUCUCUGUCGGGCGGGGCCGAAGAGAGUGCAGAAGACAAGGCGAAGGAGGAGACGAAAGAGGAAGCCGCGGGCGCCGCGUCGGAGUUGGCGCAGUUUGCCACCUUGAGCGAGAUCAUGCCCAAGCAGGUGGUCUUGAAGCUGCCCAGCGCCGCGCCGGACGCCAAAGCCAACGUGUUCAUGGUGCACCCCAUCGAGGGCGUGGCGAGCAUGCUGCGCGGCGUGGCCAGCGGCGUGCGCGGCGCGGCGCUGGGCCUGCAGUGCGUGGCGGCGGCGCCCCUGGCCGACAUGCGCGCGCUGGCCGCCUUCUACGUGGCGCACGUGCGCGCGCUGCAGCCCGCGCCCCCCUACACGCUGCUCGGCUACUCCUUCGGCGCCGGCGUCGCCUUCGAGAUGGCGCUGCAGCUCGAGAAGGAGGGGCAGCGCGUGCGCGUGGUGCUGGUGGACGGCUCGCCCGCCUUCGUGGCGGCGCACACGCGGCGCAGCACGCAGAAGCGCGCCGCGCGCUCGCCCGCCACCGACGAGGCCGACGCGCUCGCCUACUUCCUGCAGCUCUUCAACGAGAAGCUCGACAUCGUCAAGGUAUCGAACGAGCUGGCGCAGCUGGCGAGCUGGGAGCAGCGCGUGCGGCGCACGACGGAGCUGGCGGGCGCGGGGCGCGACGCCGGCGCGCUGGCCGCCGCCGCCGAGUCGUUCUACCGCAAGCUCGUCAUCGCCGACUCGUACCGGCCCAGCGGCAAGCUGAGCGCGCCCGUCACGCUGUUCACGGCGCGCGACAACUACGUGGAGCUGGCGCCCGACUACGGGCUCAGCGAGGUGUGCGCGGGCCCGCUGGCCGUGCGCCAGCUGCCCGCCACGCACCGCUCCAUCCUGGCGGGCGACGCGGCGCGCGCCAUCGCCGACCACGUGUCCGACCUGCUCGCGCACUAGCGGGGCCCCCGCCCCGCCCCUCGGCCGCGCCGCCGCGUAGGGCCCGCGUAGGGCACGCGAAGGGCACGCGGUCGUCCAUUACAUGACGCACAUCCGAGCGUGUCGCCUCGCACCUGCGCUCGCAGUUGGAUGCCUCCGUUCGAUAGCGAUUUAUACGUAGAUGAAAGAACGAUCUUUGUAUUUUAGUUUGUGUCUUGUGACGUUUAUUUAUAUGAUUAAAGUUGUUGACAUCACAUUACUCACAUUCGGGACGCACGUCGCGCUGUACAUAACCGUAUGUACGACACGCGCGAGUUCGUUUACAUUAUGUACACGGACAAGUUUAAGGGCGGACGUUCACUAACCGCGUCGACACUGGGCUUUUGGGGCAUUUAAAAUAAAAAGCGUCUCGUUAUUAGUACAAACCGAAGUAAACGGUAGUUAGAGGUUCCAGUGCGACGCGGUCGAGUCGACGCGUCGGUGCGCUCCGCCCGCACGAGUUGCCUCUCUAUGUAAUUUAAAGUUGCGGGGUUCUUAGUUAAAUUGUAUUUAUAUUUAAAUUAAUUUAUGAUAAGGGUCGAGCGAGGCUCGUGCUUGUGAUACAUAGCAUUCCUCUAGUUGUAAGUACCAGUAGUUAAACGAGAGUGUGGUUGUUGUGGUAUUUAUUUAGCUACAGAUUUGGCUUCAGCCCUGUGAUAAAUAAAAGUGCAUUAUUUUUAUUAA